UACCUAAUUCGAUGGGGAAUCGAAAAUACAAAUUCCAUUUUAGUUUAUGAUUCAACAAAAUGGACACCACAGAAUUUCUUGGACCUAAAAAAUACUUUGCAUAAUUGUAUUUCUUACAUUCGAUUUUUUCAAAUGACACCUGGCGACUAUACAAAAGUUAGAGCUCAUUUUAAGGAUAUCUUACCAGAUGGUCUAGAUGAUGAAGUUAUUCGAUAUUUUUUGGAUCCUAAUUUUAGACCCUCAACAAAAAUCUUACCAUUAAGAAAAUACCCAUUCGAAUCAAACAUCAUUAAUGCCAAAGAUGCAGGACUAAUUGCAAGUUGGAUUGUUAAACGAAAGACGCCAUAUUCAUUUAGAAAUCUACCUUUGAAGUUUAAGCUUAUUUAUCGAGCUAGUAGUGAGGGUUUUGGGAUCGAACGUUUCCAUAGAAAUUGUGAUAAUAAGGGACCAACACUUGUCGUCAUUAAA